CUCCGGACGGGACUCCCACGCAGCUGCCGUGUCUCCUCCAAACUUCUUCGCCUCUUUCCACAACUUUUUCACAACUUUGUCAGAGCUCUGCAAAAAGUCCGAGACAUCACAGCUGACUGCAUGGCUACAUGAAAGUUUCAUGGACUUGGAACUUGGAAAACUUUUAGCGGCGCUUUAUUGGAGCUCGUCGCCUCUCUAGUUACUGUGGAUUACUGACAUAACGCAGGACCUUUGGCAGCUAUUUAUUGGGGGUUAUCACCGUGUCUUGUGCAGAGGUCUGAGCCGAGAUGGGGAGCAAAGCCCUGCACGCUCCGAUCCCCCUGCACCCGGCCCUACAGCUCACAAACUACUCCUUCCUGCAGGCCGUCAACACUUUCCCCGCUGACCAGCUGCAGGGACUGUACGGCCUCAGCGCGGUGCAAACCAUGCACAUGAACCACUGGACUCUUGGUUACCCACACAUCCAAGGACUGAGGUCGACGAUCACAGAGAUGGGUCUAGUAGACCCCAGGAUCUCCUUCCCGGCGUUACCCUUCACAGCCGCAGCGCAGCUCUUCCAUCCAAAACAAGCCGCCGGUGCGCACGGCAUCCCCUCGCUGCACAAGGACAGGCCGAGGUUUGACUUCGCCAACCUGGCCCUUGCUGCCACUCAGGAGGACCCGCCGAAAGCUGCGGAUCUGGCGAAGCUGGCAUCGGGACUAGGGGGAACCAUCUCCGAGCUGAGCAAGCUGUCCCCGGACAGAAAGCCCACCCGGGGCAGGCUCCCAUCCAAGACUAAAAAGGAAUUUAUUUGCAAGUUCUGCGGCAGGCAUUUCACCAAGUCCUACAACCUCCUCAUUCACGAGAGGACCCACACAGACGAACGGCCCUAUACCUGUGAUAUUUGCCACAAAGCCUUUAGAAGGCAAGACCAUCUCAGAGACCACAGAUACAUCCACUCCAAGGAAAAACCAUUCAAAUGUCAAGAAUGUGGGAAGGGAUUCUGUCAGUCUCGAACUCUAGCCGUCCAUAAAACCUUACAUAUGCAGGAGUCUCCCCACAAAUGCCCCACAUGCGGAAGAACCUUUAAUCAAAGAAGUAACCUGAAAACUCACCUUCUCACCCAUACAGACAUCAAGCCCUACAGCUGUGGCCGCUGCGGAAAGGUGUUUCGGCGCAACUGUGACUUGCGACGGCACAGUUUGACGCACAGCCCACAUCAGGACUACUAGCCUGGACAGACUAACAAAAUAACAAUGGACAAAAACGCAGGAACACGAGUCAGCGACUGUUAUUUGUUCAAAGACAAUCUCCAAACCAGGACACGUUUACUGACGCACAUUAUAGAGUGGGAUUUGGUUGCAUCUCAAGUGGGACAACAGCGGAGCCGUGGCCAUGUCCAGCGUUCAUACCACCUGUAAAUAUCAAGACCAUGUACAUAAUGUUAUUUUUUAUUUUCCUUUCUGACCUUGAAAUGAUAAAGUUGUCAAAAACAGUCAUAAGUUUAAAGUAUGUUAAAUUGUA